AUGUCAUUUGAAGUUGGUACACGAUGCUGGUAUCCUCACAAAGAACUAGGCUGGAUUGGUGCGGAAGUGAUCAAGAACGAGGUCAAAGAUGGCAAGUAUCACUUGGAGUUGAGUUUGGAAGACGAUGAAGUCGUGUCUGUGGACACGGAUGACUUGAAUGAUGACAAAAACCAGUCCUUGCCGCUUCUCAGAAACCCGCCUAUUCUGGAAGCCACCGAAGAUCUAACAUCUCUAUCGUACUUGAAUGAACCGGCGGUCUUGCAUGCGAUCAAGCAGCGUUACUCUCAAUUGAACAUCUACACUUACUCGGGUAUCGUGCUGAUUGCCACGAACCCCUUUGACCGUGUAGACCAGCUUUACACACAAGACAUGAUUCAAGCAUAUGCGGGCAAACGUAGAGGCGAGUUAGAGCCUCAUUUGUUUGCUAUUGCCGAAGAGGCAUAUAGACUAAUGAAAAACGAUAAGCAAAACCAAACCAUUGUUGUGAGUGGGGAGUCCGGUGCCGGUAAAACUGUCUCCGCCAAAUAUAUCAUGCGUUACUUCGCUUCUGUGGAAGAGGAAAACUCCACUACCAUCCAACAUCAGGUGGAAAUGUCUGAAACAGAACAGAGGAUCUUGGCCACAAAUCCCAUUAUGGAGGCGUUCGGUAACGCCAAGACCACCAGAAAUGACAACUCCUCCAGAUUUGGUAAGUACUUGGAGAUCUUGUUUGACAAGGAGACAUCUAUUAUUGGGGCAAGGAUCCGCACAUACUUGCUGGAGCGUUCCAGAUUAGUUUAUCAGCCUCAAAUAGAAAGGAACUAUCAUAUCUUUUAUCAACUAAUGGCCGGAUUGCCGGCUCAGACCAAAGAGGAACUGCAUCUGACAGACGCCUCGGAUUAUUUUUACAUGAAUCAGGGUGGUGACACGAAGAUCAACGGUAUCGAUGAUGCCGAGGAAUACCAAACCACAGUGGACGCGUUGACUUUAGUCGGCAUCACCACAGAAACUCAACACCAAAUAUUCAAGAUAUUAGCCGCAUUACUGCAUAUUGGUAACAUCGAAAUCAAGAAAACUAGAAACGAUGCCUCAUUAUCUGCAGAUGAACCAAGCCUCAAACUCGCGUGCGAAUUGCUGGGUAUAGAUGCCUUCAAUUUUGCCAAAUGGAUCACCAAGAAGCAGAUUGUUACAAGAUCUGAAAAAAUUGUGUCAAACUUAAAUUUCAAUCAAGCUAUGGUCGCUAAAGAUUCUGUGGCCAAAUUCAUUUAUUCUGCCCUGUUCGAUUGGCUUGUAGAGAACAUCAACACCGUUUUAUGCAAUCCAGCCGUCGAUGAUCAAAUCAACUCAUUUAUCGGUGUCCUGGAUAUUUACGGCUUUGAACAUUUUGAGAAAAACUCAUUUGAACAGUUCUGCAUUAACUACGCCAAUGAAAAAUUACAACAAGAAUUUAAUCAACACGUUUUUAAGCUGGAACAGGAAGAAUAUGUUGCAGAGGAAAUCGAAUGGUCGUUUAUAGAGUUUAACGAUAAUCAACCUUGUAUCGACCUAAUUGAAAACAAAAUAGGUAUCCUAUCUCUGCUUGAUGAAGAAAGUAGAUUACCUGCUGGUUCUGAUGAAUCUUGGACCCAGAAAUUAUAUCAAACAUUGGACAAAUCUCCUACCGACAAAGUGUUUUCCAAACCAAGAUUCGGACAAACUAAAUUUAUCGUGAGCCAUUAUGCUCUUGACGUUGCUUACGACGUGGAAGGUUUCAUUGAAAAGAAUAGGGAUACUGUCUCCGACGGUCAUUUGGAGGUUUUGAAGGCGUCCACCAACGAAACACUGAUAAACAUCCUGGAAGGUUUAGAAAAUGUUGCCAAGAAACUAGAAGAGACCAAGAAGGCCGAACUAGAACAAAAUAACCCGGGGAACAAAAAACCGGGACCAGCAAGAACCGUUAAUAGAAAGCCUACUUUAGGUUCCAUGUUCAAGCAAUCUUUGAUUGAAUUAAUGAGCACCAUCAACUCGACAAAUGUCCAUUAUAUUCGUUGUAUAAAACCUAAUGCUGAUAAGGAAGCCUGGCAAUUUGAUAACUUAAUGGUAUUAUCUCAAUUAAGAGCAUGUGGUGUUUUAGAAACCAUCAGAAUUUCGUGUGCUGGUUUCCCCUCCAGAUGGACUUUUGAAGAAUUUGUAUUAAGAUACUAUAUUUUAAUUCCACAUGAAGAGUGGGACCUAAUUUUCCAAAAGAAGGAAACCACCGAAGACGACAUUAUCUCAGUGGUAAAAAUGAUCCUAGAAGCUACUGUGAAGGACAAGACUAAGUACCAAAUUGGUAAUACAAAGAUUUUUUUCAAAGCAGGUAUGCUUGCAUAUUUAGAAAAGCUAAGAAGCAACAAAAUGCAUAAUUCUAUUGUCACUAUUCAAAAGAAAAUUAGAGCCAAAUAUUACCGUAAUCAAUAUUUGAAAAUUUCCCAAGCCAUUAAAAUCUGGCAGAGCAAUACUAAAGGUUUCAUUAUUCGCCAGCGCGUUUAUCAUGAGAGAAAGGUUCAUUCCGCAACAUUGAUUCAAGCCACUUAUAGAGGUCACGCAAUCCGUAAUAAUGUGUUUAGUGUGCUGAGAACCAUCAUCAACUUACAAAUGAGAAUCAGAGAGGAAUUAAAGCGAAAGCAAUUUAAGAGAGAGCACGAAUAUAAAGCUGCAGUAACAAUUCAAAGUAAGGUUAGGACUUUUGAACCGAGAUCUACAUUUUUGAACACAAAGAGAGAUACUGUUGUCGUUCAAUCCUUAAUCAGAAGAAGGGCUGCUCAAAGUAGAUUGAAACAAUUGAAAUUAGAUGCUAAAUCAGUUCAUCAUCUGAAAGAAGUAAGUUAUAAAUUAGAAAACAAAGUGAUUGAGUUAACGCAAAAUCUAGCCUCUAAGAUUAAAGAAAAUAAAGAGAUGACAGAGAGAAUCAAAGGAUUACAAAUUCAAGUAGAAGAAAGUGUUAAAUUGCAAGAAACCUUAGAAAACAUGAAAAAGGAACACUUAGUAAAUAUCGAUAACCAAAAGAAUAAAGACAUGGAACUACAAAAGACAAUUGAAGAUAAUUUACAAUCCACUGAGCAAGAUUUAAAGAACGCUCAACUAGAAUUAGAAGAAAUGGUUAAGCAACACAAUGAACUGAAAGAAGAAUCCAAGAAACAAUUGGAUGAAUUAGAUGAAACAAAGAAAGCUUUAGUUGAACACCAGACAUUAAAUGGAGAUCUACAAAAUGAAGUUAAAUCAUUGAAGGAGGAAAUUUCCAGACUACAAACUGCAAUGUCACUUGGCACAGUUACGACUAGUGUAUUGCCUCAAACACCAUUGAAGGAUGUAAUGGGAGGUAAUAGUUCCAAUUAUAAUAGCUUGAUGGUUGACAAUUCAGAACUGUCGCCUGGAAAGUCCAGAUCCACUCCAAUGUCCGGUAACAACCACAUUGAUUCAUUGAGUAUUGAUCAAGACAAUGGCGCUAAUGCUACACAAAUUAACGAAGAGCUAUACAGAUUAUUGGAAGAUACCGAAAUCUUGAACCAAGAAAUCACCGAAGGCCUGUUGAAGGGAUUCGAAGUUCCGGAUGCAGGUGUGGCUAUCCAACUAAGUAAAAGGGACGUUGUUUAUCCAGCCAGAAUAUUGAUUAUCGUUUUGAGUGAAAUGUGGAGAUUUGGUUUGACCAAACAAAGUGAAAGCUUUCUUGCUCAAGUGCUGACCACGAUCCAAAAAGUUGUGACCCAAUUAAAGGGCAACGACUUGAUUCCAAGUGGUGUGUUUUGGUUAGCCAACGUGAGGGAACUAUAUUCAUUUGUCGUGUUUGCUUUGAAUUCUAUUCUAACUGAAGAAACAUUCAAGAACGGCAUGACCGAUGAGGAGUACAAAGAGUACGUUUCAUUGGUAACUGAAUUAAAGGAUGACUUUGAAGCACUAAGUUAUAAUAUAUAUAACAUCUGGCUGAAAAAAUUGCAGAAGCAACUACAGAAAAAGGCAAUUAAUGCUGUUGUUAUCUCCGAGUCUUUACCAGGGUUUAGUGCAGGAGAAACUAGUGGAUUUUUGAAUAAGAUUUUUGCUAACACUGAAGAAUACACAAUGGACGAUAUCCUGACGUUCUUCAAUAGUAUUUACUGGUGUAUGAAAUCGUUCCACAUCGAAACUGAAGUGUUCCACGCUGUAGUGACAACUUUGUUGAACUACGUGGACGCCAUAUGUUUCAACGAAUUAAUUAUGAAGCGUAAUUUCCUAUCAUGGAAAAGAGGUUUACAGUUGAACUACAAUGUGACCAGACUUGAAGAAUGGUGCAAGACACAUGGAUUAACGGGUGGUACCGAGUGCUUGCAACAUCUAAUCCAAACCGCUAAGCUACUGCAAGUCCGCAAAUAUACCAUUGAAGAUAUUGAUAUAUUAAGAGGAAUCUGCUACUCUUUGACGCCUGCGCAGUUACAGAAAUUGAUAUCACAAUACCAAGUGGCAGACUACGAGUCUCCAAUACCACAAGAAAUCCUGAAAUACGUGGCUGACAUUGUCAAGAAGGAAGCUGCAUUAUCAAACGAUCCGAAGGGUCAUGAACAUAGCAGCGGUAUAUUCAUUACACCAGAAACGGGGCCUUUUACUGAUCCGUUCAGUUUGAUAAAAACCAGAAAGUUCGAUCAAGUGGAAGCCUAUAUACCAGCAUGGUUAUCACUGCCCGCAACGAAGAGAAUAGUUGAUCUUGUUGCCCAACAAGUUGUUCAAGAUGGCCAUUGA